AUGGCAAGUAGUAGGUGCUCAAAAAAUGGAAGUGUUGUCCAAGUUGGAGAAUUGUUACCUUGCAAGAUUUGUGGAAGAACAUUCUUUCCAGUAGCAUUAAAAAAGCAUGGACCUAUUUGCCAGAAAACUGCUACUAAAAAACGGAAGACUUUUGAUUCAAGCAGACAGAGAGCCGAAGGAACUGAUAUUCCAACAGUAAAACCUCUUAAGCCGAGGCCAGAACCACCAAAGAAACAAUCUAAUUGGAGAAGAAAACAUGAAGAAUUCAUUGCCACCAUAAGAGCAGCUAAAGGCCUUGAUCAGGCACUUAAAGAGGGUGGCAAACUUCCUCCUCCUCCUCCACCUUCUUAUGAUCCUGAUUAUAUCCAAUGUCCAUAUUGCCAGAGGAGAUUCAAUGAAAAUGCAGCUGAUAGACACAUAAAUUUCUGUAAAGAGCAGGCAGCACGUAUUAGUAAUAAAGGCAAAUUUUCCACUGAUACCAAAGGAAAACCAGCUUCUCGGACACAGUAUAAGCCACCUGUACUUAAGAAGUCAAAUUCUCCUGGAACCAUGUCAUCAGGAUCUUCACGGUUACCACAACCAAGCGGCACUAGCAAAAGUGUUGUAGGUGUGACUUCAGGUAAAGUGUCUUCAGUUAGCAGCUCUUCGGGGAGCAAACUCCAGACCUUAUCUCCUUCUCAUAAAGCAAUUGCAGCCCCUCAUGCAGGAGCUAACAUCAAAUCUCGAAAUUCCACACCACCUAGUUUGGCAAGAAAUCCCACCUCUGGUGUGCUUACAAACAAAAGAAAAACAUAUACUGAGAGCUACAUAGCCAGGCCAGAUGGAGACUAUGCAUCUUCACUUAAUGGCGGAAACAUUAAAGGCAUUGAAGGAAAUUCAUCUGGACACUUACCUAAAUUCUGCCAUGAGUGUGGGACUAAAUACCCUGUAGAGUGGGCAAAAUUCUGCUGUGAAUGUGGCAUUCGAAGAAUGAUUUUGUGAACAAAAUCCUGGAAGAAAAAACCCAACUUCAGCAUUUUAUGAUUAUUGCUCCUUGUAUAGCUAGAGCACUUCGUCUAGUUAUUUUGUGCUAAAAAUGUUCUAAAUACCCUUUUCAGUGAUUUCUGGACCAUAAUCUUUUAGCUAUGUUAUGUGUGUGUGUAUAUAUGUGUACAUAUAUGUAUAUAAUACCUGAUACCCCAAACUGUGCCAUUCAAAGAAAUAUUCACUUAUCUGUCAGUAAAUAAUUUCAGAUGGAAUCAUUAAUUUAGGUAUUACUUUUCUAUUAUUGUUAAAGCACAUUAAGUAUACUUCUACAAACUGUCAUACAUCAGUGCUUAGCCCUUUAAGCUUUGGGAUAAUCAUAACUUUGAGCAAAAAAUCAGAAUAAACAUUUUAUUAUUGGUGCCUAUCUUCAGAUAGUAUCAUAGUAGGGUGGGAUGCUUGGAAUUUUAUAAUUGAAGAGAAUGUUUUUAGUUACAGUUAGUUAUAUGAGGUCAUUUUCCUAUUGAACUCUUCAACAACUAAUUUUAAAAUCCUAAAAGAAAAGAACCCAUAUUAAUUAUAUAAUUUAAAGAUCUCUACUUAUUCUGUGAAAAUGUAAUUAUGCAACUUCCUUUUCAGAAACACAAGACUAUAAUUACAAAUAUGUUUUACUCUAUUUAUAAUUGAAUGAUUUUUUUUUGCCUCUUUGUUAAACAAUAUUCUUUCUUCUUCCAGUUGUUUCCAGAUUUCACAUUUUUCUUUCUUUUCCAAAACCUUCCUGAAGAGUGGUUUUAAUUACUACUUCAUUUUUUACAUUAUUUGAAAAUGUAAUUAACAUAAGAUGCACAAAAUUCCUCACAAAAUCAUACAUGUUUAAAAAUAUUUUUAUGUAUCUGAAUUUAGAAGAAAUUAUUUUAAUCAUUUGAAAACAAGCCCACCUCACAUAAUAUAUAAUUGUUGUGGUGAUUAAUCUUUAGUACAGAGCAUGCAGGUAAAAUGUAUUUGAAUUUUAGCUCCUUGAAGUAGUUUGAUGUAGUUAGGAGUAGGUUAAGACACUAAUUUUUCUUGCUCAUAUUUUCUUUUGUAGUUUUUAAUUUUGAAGUAUCAUUUAUGUUAUAAUACAAAGCCACUAAAAAUGUAUCAUUUUAAUACAUAGCUGACUUAUUAUGUAAUUAAACAUAUGUAAAUAUUUAUUUUUUCUCUUUAAUUUAACUAAAAUACAGCUUUUAAUUAUUGUCACUUUCAGUGUAGUUUAGUAUUCAAUAGUGGAUGUCUUGGAUAGGUUGCGCAGCCAUAUUCAGUAAUUCUGUAGUAAUUUCUGUUCAAUCAAACUUAAGAAAGCUUUGAUCUUAUUAUCAAAGUACAAGCAAAUCUUUUGUGUAUUACAUAAUUUCCAACUGUUUGUUUAUGAUUCUGAUCACCUAUAAGGAUCCAUGUAGAAAUUUGUGACUUAGAAUUUUUCUGAAAUUUAUUAAUUUAGUUUUGUUUUUGUUUUUUCAUUUUUGGUUUGGGCAGGGGUUAUAGAUUUAGUGGUACUAGGAGUUAUCAUUUAACUUACUUUAUAGUUUCUUUCCUGAUUUUUGAUUAGAUUUUUCCCCCCUGUUUAUAUUUGUUCAGUCCACCAACCAGAAUAAAUGUGAUGAAUUUAGAAAACUAAUGUAUGUAUUUGAAAUCCAUUUUAAUAACUUCUGUCCUAAUUGUUAUAAAUCAUAUGAACAAGAACUUUAAAUUGUUUUAUCUAAGACUGAGCACUAUUUUCUUUUGAGUAUUUUUUUAAGACCACAUAAUUGUUUUGUCUGCUCAAGGAAGGGGUAGAUAGAUGAGUUUAAGUUAAAUAAAUUGGUACAUGUUUGUUUUUCAUUGAAUUUUACAGUAAAAAGUAAAUGUUAUAACAUACUACAUAGAAAAGAGUUGGUAAGAAAUCAUCCAAUUUCAGAACCCAGAGAUUAGUAUAAACAAUAAGUUGGUGAAGUAUAUUUAUGACUUGGGAAAAAUGUUGUGACAAUGUAUUUAAAUGAAUUUUUAUAUUACUUUCAUAUUUUAUUCUCACAUUGAUUUGUUGUGCAAUAGUUUGGUUAAGAAAUUGUUCUAUGCAUCAUUUAUUUUUAUUUAUUUUUCACAAAUAUUUGCCACUGAGGUAGAAUAAAAAUGAUUGUAAGCUUAAAUUAAAAUCUAAACUUGUGUAUUGUUCUAAAAGUUAUUAGCUUGAAAAAGUAAGAUUGUUGUGGCUACUGUUGUCUCUUGUCUACUAUAUUUUUUUUUAUUACAGAUAAUGUCAUUUUUGAACCUAUUCAAUAAAGACAUAAAGCAUUAAAA